AUGAUGAUGAAAGUAGCUAGUUCUGUAUUUCUUGGCCUUUGGCUUGUCCAACUCGCCGUCGUUGAGUCCAGAAUAGGGCGACCUGACGGUGUCAACCGCAAGCUGCAACCAGUUGAGUUGGUGAAUGUUGGCAACAACCUUGGGCCAGGUGCUAAUCUUGGACACUGCGAAGGAGACUGUGACAAUGAUGCCGAGUGUGCCGAUGGAUUAAUCUGCUACCAACGAACCGUUGGCGACUCUGUUCCUGGCUGCACCGGAAACUUAAACACCGAAAACGACUAUUGCAUCCUCACGUUGGAUGCACAGACCGCAUCACCUUCGGCCACGGAUCCAAUUGAAACCAUGGCGCCAACCACAAUGCCCACAAUGAUGGAAUCAGAAGUUGUUACAGGACUUCCAGACGACGAUGAAGAGGGCGACGAUGAGGAACCAGACGACGAUGAGGAAACUUCAGCACCCACGGAUGGAACCACAUCCGCACCUGUUGCUGCUGUCACUUCGGCACCCACAACGGCCCCCCUUCCUGCUGUGACCGCUGCACCCACCUUGACAGCAACUGUCCCUGCUGAGACAGCAGUGCCGGAGACUGGAGCGCCAACGAUCUCCAUGCCCGAGACCGCUGCACCAACUACUGCCACCGUCGAGACCCAGCAACCUUCAGCUGCUCCACUCGGAGGAGCUGCUGAAAUCACGGAUGCUCCCACAAUGGCAGUGACACCGGUGGAGACGGAAGUGGAAACAGAAGUCGUAACAGAGGAAGACACCGAAGAAGAAGAUCCCGAGGAGACAUUUGCACCGACGGAAGAUCUCCAAAUUGAAGACCUCACGCUGCCACCAAACCUUCCAGAACUCACUACAAGUGGAAACGAUGGAACCUUUGACGUUUAUCCCCUCACCGAGUGCUCUGGGGACUGCGACACUGAUGACGACUGUGAAGGAGACUUGGUGUGUUUCCAGAGACAGAUGGAUGAACCGGUCCCAGGUUGCAGUGGUGAUGGAGACAUGAGCAUUGACUAUUGCGCCCAAGGCAAGGAGGCAAAGUUGGAAUCUUCGUUCUUGGGACCAUUUUCGCGUCGUUAG